UACCACAUAUCCCCCUGCAGUAAUGGAACCCCCAGACUGAGGGUCUUCCCCAGCCCAUUGCCUGGGCUGGCAAGACAGUCCACAUGUUUUCUCUUUACUUCAGAUCAACAUAUAGGAAGGAAAGUAUGGAGCUGCUGGUUCUUGCAGAUCGUGAAAGCCAGGCGGAGCCUGUUUUUCAUCUAAGGCCACUCAUUCAAGAGGUCAUUCACUCUGGAAUGACAGAGGAGGUUCCAGGCCUGGGCGUGUGCUAAGGGCAGAGCUACCAGCUGGGCCCCACUGCCACAGGCUCUACAGCACUGUUCCCCCAGGUGACGGCUGUGACGGGUGCUCAGGUGCAGAGACCAUCCAGUGCUCCGGUAAGGGGAGGACAUAGAAACCAACACUGCUCCCAGCAGCAGAUCAAGGCAGGCCCAGAAGUCAGAUCCCAGGUCUUUAAUUUUGGAGUCUACUUCAGUUUGCUGUUUGUUAGAUAUGCACCUCGUCUUCCUUUUCUUCAUCAGUAGCUAGUUCCCCUGACAUCAUCCACUGAACAAUUCCUCCUUUACCUACUGGGGUCUUCAGGGCUUUGCUCAAGGGCCAGAACCUAGGAGGCCAGGUGGGCAGCUCGGGAGCAAAGGGGCCUAAGGAUUUCAUUGUCAGAAACGUAUCCCAACCGUGAACAGGGGCAUGGACCACAAUGACGGGGUCAUCCAAGCUCCAGCUGGCACCGUGGUGCCUCAGGAACUGCUGGAAGAAAUGCUUUGGUUUUUUCGAGUAGAAGAUGCAUCUCCUUGGAAUUAUUCCAUCUUUGCCCUGGUGGGUGUGGUGAUUGUGAUAAGCAUCGUCCUCCUGAGAAAGAGCAUCCAGGCAAACAGAAAUCAAAAGAUACUGAGGAAAAACAAACCGGAAACAACAACUCUGGAAGUCCAAGACUUGGCUGAGGCCGGAGCCAGAGAGGACAACAACCUGAACAUGCUAAGAGAGACUUUGCUCUCAGAAAAGCAAAAUUUGGCCCAGGUGGAAACUGAGUUAAAAGGGAGAAAGGUGCCACUGGUUCUCCUUCCAGACCCACAAGAAUCUGAGAGCUAAGAGGAGUCCAGAGCACUGCCCCAUGUUGUCAGCAGAUUCAGUGAAUGAACUGCAAUCAAAAUAUUCUGUUAUGAAAAAAAAACCCUCCCUUUUUAUUAAAAUGCAUCUGAAGUGAGCAUUUGGAAAUGCAGUUGGUUCCAAUGGGGGUGGUUCAACACAAGGGGCUUGGAGCAAAA